AACCUAUCUUACAUAUUAAGAGGAGUAAACAGUAAAGUUGUCUUUGAAGAUCGUGUUGUAAGAGAAGCUAUAAAAUUCUGUCAAUAGAAAAGUAGAUAAAAUAAAAAGUUUUAAUGAAGACUGCUCCACAUCAAAGGCUAGUUAUGGUUGGAGAUCGCGACGGGCUAAAAGAGUUGCUACGUCGUCGAUUAGUUGAAUGUGGAUGGAGAGAUCAAGUAAAAUUAAUCUGCAAGGAUUUAAUAAAAGAACACGGUCAUGAUAUUACCUAUGAUAAAUUGCUUUCAAUGGUUACAACUAAAGCAAGAACACUUGUUCCAGACUCUGUCAAAAAGGAACUCCUACAGAAAAUAAAAAAUCAACUGAUUGCUCAAGAAGAAAAAUUAAAAAUGUAACAAUAAGAAAUUCAUUAUUAUAUAAUUCCUUUCUUAACUCUUAUUUUGUAAAAAUCAUAGCAUUUACUGACAUUAUGUACAAAUACGAUCGCACCAUUUCAAUAUAUAUCAUGUAUUACUAUAUUACACUGUCAUACUAUGGUCAUACUACAGUAGCUGAUAAAUUUAUGCUAAGAUUAUAAAUAAAUUAUGUUUAUAUAUAAACUGAUAGAAGUGCCUUGAUUGUCUAACUAUAUAAAUAUAAAACUAUUUUGCCUUUAAUUACAUUUUACUAUUUACCUAAUUAUAUAUAAAAAAAAAAACGGUUGUUUCAAUUUAAGAAAGUAUACGAAAAAAUAAAUGUUGCUUGGAAACUGUCAACAGAGAUCAGUUCAAA